UGCAUCUCCCUCCCACUCCGACACGCAAUUAGCGUGAUCAACAGUGAUCAGUGUGAUCGUUGCUUUCGUUUUAACACGAUACGUGAUCGGCGAUUUAACAGUAUGAGCAUUUUAAAUCGACUACCGCGACUCGCUCGUUUAAGCGCUCUCCAUCGCGAGAAUGUUUCUCGCUUCUCUACAGAAUCCAAGGAACCGCCGAUACCGGUAAAUCCGCUGAAGGACGUGUACAGCGCUAACCAGCAGCCCAGUACUGGAGUGGUGUAUGACACGAAGCCAUUCAGGAUACGCCUCGAGGUUGGCAAGAAUUACUCGUGGUGCCUGUGUGGCCAGAGUAAGAACCAGCCGUUGUGCGAUGGCACGCAUCGAGACACUUUCCUCAAGAUCAAGCUCAGACCCAUUCGCUUCAACGUUACGGAGACUAAGGAGUACUGGCUGUGCAACUGCAAGCGGACAUCGAACAGACCCUUCUGCGAUGGCACGCACAAAACGUUAGAUAAAUAUGAGAAGAAAGAUAAACGAUAGACGGCGCCAUGCGAGUCGCGCAAUUAUCAUGAAUCUUGAAAAACUAGGGGCUGCUUCGUGUGCGACUGCAUGCGUCAUAUUUUUUACAAAUAUAUGCAGUAGUGUAUAAUACACGUAUACCUGUAUGAUUGUUAUUAUUACAACGUUUUGCCAUCGUGAUAUUUUAAUAAAACGCUAUUAUAUUG